CGCGCCCCGGGGCGCAUGCGCGGUGCUAGACCGGAAGCCGCUGUUGGAAUUGCUCCGACAGCUGCUCGCCGCUUCCGGGUGCGGCCCCGCACGUGGCCGAGCCCCCGCCCAGUCCCGCCCUCGACUGAGCGCGCUGCUGCCUCGCUGAAGCCGGGCGCCGCCGAUGCUGCCCGUGGCCGGCGGAGGCCGGAGACCCCCCUGAGCCAGAGCCGCGGCGGGCAGGGCUGGGGGCCGUCUCUGAGCCGCCGCGCGGUUAUGCUGGCGCGGGUGAGCCGCGCGGCGGGCUCCUGGGCCUGGCUGUCGUGCGCCGCCGCUCCCGCGCGGCCUUUACGCUGGGCGCAGCGAUGCGUCGCGGCGCCCGUCAGGCCGCACAGCUCCCGCAGCAAGGAAAAGCUGGAUGUGUCUGUAUUUCCUGUUGAAAACAUAAGAAAUUUCAGUAUCAUAGCUCAUGUGGACCAUGGCAAAAGUACUCUAGCAGACAGGCUUUUAGAAAUGACAGGAACAAUUACUAAAACCGAGCAUAAUAAACAAGUGCUGGAUAAGUUGCAAGUGGAGCGAGAAAGAGGGAUCACAGUUAAAGCACAGACUGCAUCUCUCUUCUACAAUUAUGAAGGAAUAAAUUACCUCUUAAAUCUCAUUGAUACACCAGGUCAUGUCGAUUUUAACUAUGAAGUGUCACGGUCUCUGUCUGCCUGUCAAGGUGUCAUACUUGUAGUAGAUGCAAAUGAGGGUGUUCAAGCACAAACAGUGGCCAACUUCUAUCUUGCUUUUGAAGCACAGCUGGCAAUAAUUCCUGUUAUAAACAAGAUUGACUUGAAGAAUGCAGAUCCUGAAAGAGUUGAGAAGCAAAUUGAAAAACUGUUUGAUCUCCCUGAGGAUGAUUGCAUUAGGAUUUCUGCUAAACUGGGAACAAAUGUAGAAAGAGUGCUUCAACAUGUCAUCAAAAAGAUACCACCACCCAGUGCUCACACUAGCAAUCCACUGAAGGCCUUAGUGUUUGACUCCACUUUUGACCACUACAGGGGUGUCAUAGCUAGCAUUGCACUCUUUGGUGGGCAGGUUCAGAAAGGAGAUAAGAUUGUGUUUGCUCAUACAAGGAAGACUUACGAAGUUAAUGAAGUGGGAAUUUUGACUCCAGAUGAACAGCCAACUCAUAAAUUGUAUGCUGGACAGGUGGGCUAUUUGAUUGCUGGGAUGAAAGAAGUCACAGAAGCCCAAAUAGGGGACACGCUGUAUUCGCAUAAGGAGCCGGUGGAGCCCUUGCCUGGUUUUAAAUUGGCGAAACCAAUGGUCUUUGCAGGAAUGUAUCCAGUAGCCCAAUCAGAAUAUAAUAACCUGAAAAGUGCUGUAGAAAAACUGACAUUAAAUGAUUCCAGUGUAACUGUUCAUCGCGAUAGUAGUGUUGCCUUAGGAGCUGGAUGGAGGUUGGGGUUCCUUGGUCUUCUACAUAUGGAAGUUUUUAACCAGCGCUUAGAGCAAGAAUAUAAUGCAUCUGUCAUUUUGACUGCACCGACUGUUCCAUAUAAAGCUGUUCUUUCCUCAGCGAAACUGAUAAAGGAAUAUGGUAAAGAAGAGAUUAUUAUAAUCAACCCUGCUGAGUUUCCUGAUAAAAAUUCCGUCUCAGAAUAUUUGGAGCCAACUAUUUUGGGUACUGUCAUAACACCAGAUGUAUAUAUGGGAAAAAUUAUAACUCUGUGUCAGGCUCGCAGGGCAGUUCAAAAAGACAUAAUAUACAUUGAUGAACAGAGGGUUAUGCUGAAAUAUCUCUUCCCACUGAAUGAAGUUGUUGUGGAUUUCUAUGACACUCUAAAAUCCUUGUCUUCUGGAUAUGCUAGUUUUGAUUAUGAAGAUGCAGGAUACCAGGCUGCAGACCUUGUCAAAAUGGAUUUUCUUUUAAAUGGAAACACUGUUGAGGAACUUGCAACUGUUGUACACAAGGACAAGGCACAUGCUGUUGGUAAAGCCAUAUGUGAACGUUUAAAAGAUGCUAUUCCUAGACAGUUGUUUGAAAUUGCCAUCCAGGCUGCUAUUGGCAAUAAAAUUAUUGCAAGAGAAACGUUGAAAGCUUACAGAAAGGAUGUCCUGGCAAAAUGUUAUGGUGGAGAUAUUUCAAGAAAAAUGAAGCUUUUAAAGAGACAAGCAGAGGGAAAGAAGAAGAUGAGGAAAAUUGGCAAUGUGGAAGUGCCAAAAGAUGCCUUUAUAACUGUCCUAAAGAGACAAUCUGACAAAUAAUUGGAAACUAAUAAUAUACUUUAAUACCUCUGGGGGAAUUUGUGUGCAACUUCCAUCUAGUGUACUUGAUUUCUAAUACAAAAUGUUGUACCUGCAUAUUCAGAGAUACUGUUGUAAUCAUGUAUAUAUAUAUUUGUAAACUACAGUUCAGUUUUUAUUACCAGGUGCUACUUGAUAAUAUGUACAAGUGCUUGUAAAUGGUCUUAGGAAAUUAAACUUGAAUGAUUGAUGAAAACUAAA